AAAAAGCAAAGCGGAGCUCUGUGUUUUGGGUCCGGGUUUUGGCCUUGGCAGUCGAUGGAGAACUGCGAGCAAAGCUCCCCGCGAGCGAGAGAGGAGGAGGAAGACGAAGCGAAGAGAGGCGGCGGAGAAGGAGGAGGAGAAGAAGAUGAGAAAAUUAUUCAAUUUCUGGACUCGAUGGACAGCUAUCUCACGCUAAUGGACUCCUUGUCCUCUACCCUUCGCCAGGGAUGGCUAGAACUGGCCAGCGCUCGUCAUUCUAUGGGUUCGUCACGCAUCUCAAGUGCACUAUUAAGCCAUAAAGUACAGUCUGCUGCUACUACAAUGCAAGUAGCUGAAUCAAAUGACAAAUCAGUAACAGAGUUGCAAACACAUUUUACUCUAUCAAAAUGGGCAUAUCUGAGAGAGGGUAAAUAUUCUGGGGAGGCAGAAGCUGGUGGCUUUCAAAAUAAAUCUAGUGGUUCACAGCUAAGGCAUCGAGGCCCUAACAAUUUCGCUGAGGGGUGUAAAGAAUCCUAUUCAACAAUCAAUGGAUCUCCUAUUGCUAGUGAUGGCAAUAUUCAGCGGGAGAGGUCUAAAUCAUUGUCGGUAUUUGGGACUUUGGUUCCUCCAAAGCUUCGGGCUGCCCAAGUUUCAUUUGAGACAGCUCUUGAUAGCAUUGUCGAACUAGCAAAUAUGCGGUCCAUGGUGCUAUCUUCUCUCUCUCAGUUACAACAAGAAAUGGAAAGCUCAAGUUAAUGUUUGCUUGUUUCCAGGGCUUGGUCUUGUAUCCAUUUUCUGCUGUAACCACUAUUAAUUGUAUUUUCAUCUCUACAAUUGAACAAACAGACACUCUUAAGUUGAAAUGCACAGGCUUAAUAUGCAGACAUGUUUUCAUUUUUUUUUCUCUUUUUAGUUAAAUACUUGGUUUGUUGCUAUU